CCCCGCUGCCUAGUCAAGAGGAAGGACAGAAGGCGUUGCAGCCGAAACCUAAAACCCUAAUCAAGCUCGCACACAGAGGGAGGAGCGCCUGCAAAACCCUAAAAACCCUGAACCGAAGCACGAAGCAUGGCUGCCAUGGAGGAAAUCCAUGUCUCCAAGACCUACCCACUGAAACCGAAGCUGAAGCCGAGGCCGAAAACUCCAUCAAAGACGCCGGAAUCGAAGUACUGGUCCUCCUUCAAGAACCAUGAGAUCCCCAAUCUUAUCUCCUCCGUCCCUUCCCUCGCCUUUUCGCCGGCCGCACCCCACCGCUUCGCCGCCGCCCACUCCGCUUCGCUGUCCCUCUUCUCCCCCCAAACGCUGGCCGCGACACACACCAUCACCUCCUUCAGCGACGUCGUGUCCUCCACCUCUUUCCGCUCCGACGGGUCGCUCAUCGCUGCGUCCGACCUCUCGGGCCUUAUCCAGGUCUUUGAUGUCAAGACCCGGACCCCGCUGAGGAAGCUUCGGUCCCACACGAGGCCGGUCCGGUUCGUGAAGUACCCGGUUCUUGAUAAGCUCCACGUGAUCUCGGGUGGUGACGACGGGCUGGUCAAGUACUGGGACGUCGCCGGCGAAAAUGUGAUCUUGAACCUCAAAGGGCAUAAGGAUUACGUGAGGUGUGGGGAUUGCUCCCCGGUGAAUUUUGAUUCUUUCGUUACCGGGUCGUAUGAUCAUGUAGUGAAGUUGUGGGAUGUUCGGGUUGGUGACGAGAAUCGAGCAGUAAUGGAGAUGAAUCACGGGAAGCCUGUUGAGGAUGUCCUGUUCUUGCCCUCGGGCGGCUUGGUGGCUAGCGCUGGAGGGAACAGUGUUAAAGUCUGGGACUUGAUUGGAGGGGGGAAGCUGGUCUACUCGAUGGAGAGCCACAACAAGACUGUAACUUCAAUCUGCGUGGGACGAAUUGGGAUGGAAAUUGAUGAUGAAUCAAUGCAGAACCGGAUCUUGAGUGUGGGCUUAGAUGGCUACAUGAAAGUCUUCGACUACACCAACUUUAAGGUCACUCACUCGAUGAGGCACCCGGCACCAUUGUUGUCUGUUGGGUUCUCCCCUAGUUGCAAAGUUCAGGUUAUCGGGACGUCAAAUGGCAUAAUAUAUGCCGGGAAGAGAAAGGGGAAAGAAGCUGCAGAAGAGAUUGCCUUGGGCGGGUUACCGGGCUUCCAGAGCAUCUCGGACGAGCCCCUGAAGCGGGCUCUGAGGCCAUCCUUCUACAGGUACUUCCGCAGAGGCCAGAGCGAGAAACCAUCCGAGGGGGAUUUCUUGGUGAUGAAGCCGAAAAAGGUGAAACUGGCCGAGCACGAUAGGUUGCUGAAGAAGUUCAGGCACAAAGAGGCUCUAGUCUCAGUCCUGGGCAGGAAUAAUCCCGAGAAUGUGGUGGCAGUCAUGGAGGAGUUGGUGGCCCGGAGGAAGUUGCUCAAAUGCAUAUCGAACUUGGAAUCGGAGGAAUUAGGCCCGCUUCUGAGAUUCCUGCAGAAGUACUCCACAGUCCCUAGGUACUCGAGCUUGUUGAUGGGUUUGGCAAAGAAGAUCGUCGACAUCAGGGCUGAGGAUAUUAGGGGGUCGAAUGAGUUGAAGGGGCUUAUUAGGAACCUUAAGAGCGCGGUCGAGGAGGAGAUUCGGAUACAACAGGAGCUGCAGGAGAUUCAGGGCAUAAUCUCUCCUUUACUCAAAAUGGCAGGGAGAAGAUUAUAAGAGGGGGAAAGGAAUACUAAGUUCCAAGUUUUGUUCGGGCAAGGCAGCGGUUUCUUUAUUAAUUAACACAAAUUUUGCUACUUUCAAGGAGGAUGCAAGGAUCACAGGACUUCUUCCUGAUGAAUUCAUCCUCUUUGUCGUGUUACAUUUGGUUGUUUACAGUAUUUGGGCUCGGCUUCUGCUAAGAAAUGUAAAAGAUUUCUGAUUUCUAUCAUCUUUCAAGACUGAUCUUUACAUACAAAGCAAUAGUAGCUGAUCAAUUUUACUUA